UCUGUUUAUUUCUCACGAAGGAAAAGAAAAAAAGAAAAGCUUUCCCAUCUCACUGAGAGAGAAAGAUAGAAAGAAAGCUAAAGAAAUAAUCGAAGUUUUUCUUUAAAUAUUCUUUUUAUUUUGUUUGGUUCAAUCCUCUUUCGCUAUUUCUUUUUUGUAAGUAGAUGCUAUUUGGUACCCAUAACUCGCCACUUCAAUUUUCUCAUGGCCAAUAAUCCCCACGAGGCCCCACCAAUGAUUUCCUUGAGCAAAUCCUCAGAUUCCCUAGCUUCGUGACGAUUGAGACGGGUUUAGCAGGACCAGGACCCGACGGUGGCUUGGCUGGAACCAUUGUCGUGGUUGGGGCGUUGAUAAUGCUGCAGCUUAGCUUCAGUAAUGGCGCCGGACAUCUCGGUGUAAUCGGCGGUGAGGGAGUUGGUGCGUUUCAUAGACAGAUUUUUCAUAUCAAUUUUACUUUUUAUCAGAUUAAGGUCAUUAAUCCUUCUGCCCAUGGAAUGUAUGAAGACGGGAUUGAUAAGAUAUGUAAGAUAAUCCAUGACAAUGGGGUGAAGUUAUUUUUCAUACCAUGGUUGAUUUAUGUUUUUAUGGUUAUCAUCAUCGUUAUGGUUAUCAUCAUCAUGUAUGUGAAUAAUUGUCCCAAGAAUUUUGUUUUUUGCAUUAUUGAUUUUUUAGGUAGGUCUUCCUUUUAGCCUUUUAAGAAGAAUCCUCUUCUAGGUUAUUCUUCUACCACAUAAGUCAUUUAUUGCUCUAUUGGUUUGUUUUUCUUUGUUUCAAUUGAAUUUUUUUGUUUUUCUUUUAAAUUUUAUCUAUUUUUAGUUCAUGAUUAUUGGUUUUAGGCUGUUGAAAAUGAGGACUUUAUAUGUAAAGAAAGUGGUUGAUAACAUCAGAGAUAGUGUCUUAUCACUUGUAAUUGGUUAAAUAUAGGAGUUUUCAUUUAUUGGCAAACAUAUUGAGUUUUUUAGUCAUUGGAAUCCAUAGUUCAUGCUUGCCUUGGAAUUGAUGCAUAGAGUCUGCAAUUUGUAAAAUCCUUUGAACUUUCAUUUUAUAUUGCUGCUUUUAUGAAAUUGUUUAUGUUCCAUACCUAUUUUCUUAGCUCUAUGUAUACAUGUUUGUGCUAUGGAAUCAACAAAGGUAUGCCGGUAAGACAAGCCUUUUUUUUUAAACUUAUUUUGCUUAUUUUUUCUAAAGAAAACUAUUGUUUAUUUUUCUUACAAGUUGGCUUGACAAGUUUAGGUUUUACUGUAAUAGAUGUUUGCCAUUUGAAUCUCUACAAAACCUUUUGCAUUUCACAUAAAGGUGGUGGACCUAGCAUGGCACCUAUUGGUGUCAAUAAGCAUUUGGCACCAUUUCUGCCUGUAUAUCUUGUGGUAUAUACUUCUUGAGAUAUACAUAUGCAUGUAUAUAUACAAAUUUCUAUCUUUUCAUGUUCAUGUCAUCAAUCUUUUGGUAUCCUUGCUAAAGAAUUGCGUCUUAAAAUAUGGUUUGGAUUGGAUUUCAUUUUUGUAUCUCAUCUUUAGAACUCAAUGAUUAGUAGCAUUCUUAUCAUAACUGUAUAAACAUAAUUGUGCUUGAAAUUCUGAGCAUAUCAUUUCACAUGCUGUUAACUAUGGCAUUUAGUUAUUAUCAUUUACCACUGGCAUCACAUUGCAAAGGGUAUUUAGUAGUGGAUUCUUCUGUCACAAGAUUUUUUUUUUCGAUGUUGAUUGCUUUGUAAUCAUCCUGUAGGUACUUACUAAUGCUUCCAAGCUAAUUAUCUUGAACGCAAAUUACAUAGUAAAACGCAUGGA